AGUGGGCCAAAAGAAAGCGCGAAAGAACAAGCAGCGUAUUUGUCUCUGUCUGUCUGAAUUGAAAAAUAGUAACAAAAUGCUUCUUCGUGAGAAUCGAAUCAAAUCAAUUUCAACAGAAAUGACUAGAAGCCACAAACACUCUCAUUGCAUUCCCAGUUUUCUUUGAUCAACAAUGGCCUGCAUUCCUCACAUUCUUUCUCCUCUUUCUCACUCUACAACACUUGCUAAUCUCAUCAAUAUAACCAAUUUCGAGAUUCACAACAGAACUUCCAUCAUCAUUUCCCCAAAUUCAAGGCCAAAGAAGAAGAAGAAGAAGAUCUUCGCCAUUGGAAAUCGUGUCGGUGUUGAUACUGAAACUGCAGUUAUCGAAAUUGAGAAGCGCCAAUUGCAACUUUCCAAAGGCCACCCCUCACCCUACGGUGCCACUCCUCAAGAAGACGGGGUCAAUUUCGCCAUUAAUUCACUCAAUUCACUCUCAGCUACUCUCUGCUUCUUCACUCUUUCCGACUUCAAAAACAAUAAAGUGACAGAGUACAUUACUCUUGAUCCAUUGGUGAAUAAAACAGGAUGUGUUUGGCAUGUGUUUCUAAAAGGAGAUUUUAAAGAUAUGCUCUAUGCUUAUAAAUUUGAUGGCAAAUUUUCUCCUCAACAGGGUCACUACUAUGAUUCUUCUCGUAUUUUAAUCGACCCUUAUGCAAAAGCAGUUAUAAGUAGAGGAGAGUUUGGAGAAGUAGGACCUGAUGGUAACUGCUGGCCCCAAAUGGCUGGUAUGGUACCUUUUGAUAACGAGGAGUUUGACUGGGAAGGUGACUUGCCUUUGAAAUAUCCACAAAAGGAUCUUAUUAUAUAUGAAAUGCAUGUGAGAGGGUUUACAAAGCAUGAGUCAAGUAAGGCUGAGUUCCCUGGUACAUAUCUUGGUGUAGUAGAGAAGCUUGAUCACUUAAAGGAACUUGGAGUAAAUUGUAUAGAAUUAAUGCCAUGUCAUGAGUUCAAUGAGCUGGAAUACUACAGUUACAAUGCUAUUCAGGGGGACUAUAGGGUCAAUUUUUGGGGCUAUUCAACCAUCAAUUACUUUUCACCAAUGAUAAGAUACUCAUCAGCUGGCAUACAAAACUGUGGCCGUGACGGGAUUAAUGAAAUGAAGCUCCUCAUCAAAGAGGCACACAAGCGAGGAAUAGAGGUUAUCAUGGAUGUUGUUUUCAAUCAUACAGCUGAAGGGAAUGAGAAGGGUCCCAUUAUUUCUUUUAGAGGAGUUGACAAUAGCGUGUAUUACAUGGUAGCACCCAAGGGGGAAUUCUACAACUACUCAGGAUGUGGGAACACAUUUAAUUGCAACCAUCCCGUUGUAAGGAAAUUUAUAGUGGACUGCUUAAGAUAUUGGGUAACCGAAAUGCACGUGGAUGGUUUUCGCUUUGAUCUUGCUUCUAUUAUGACCAGGAGUAGCAGUCUCUGGAACGGAGUUAAUGUAUUUGGUGCUCCAAUAGAAGGUGACUUUCUGACAACUGGAACCCCUUUAAGCAGUCCGCCAUUGAUUGAUAUGAUCAGUAUUGAUCCAAUACUUCGUGGAGUGAAGCUUAUAGCUGAAGCCUGGGAUGCUGGAGGCCUGUACCAAGUUGGCACUUUCCCUCACUGGGGUAUUUGGUCGGAAUGGAAUGGGAAGUACAGAGACACUGUACGCCAGUUUAUCAAGGGUACAGAUGGCUUUGCUGGAGCAUUUGCUGAAUGUAUUUGUGGGAGUCCUAAUUUGUAUCAGGGAGGAAGAAAACCAUGGAAUAGUAUUAACCUUGUAUGUGCUCAUGAUGGCUUCACUCUAGCUGAUUUGGUGACUUACAACAACAAGCAUAACUUGCCCAAUGGAGAAGACAACAAUGAUGGAGAAAAUCACAAUAGUAGCUGGAACUGUGGAGAGGAGGGGGAGUUUGUCAGUGCCUCAGUAAAGAAAAUGAGGAAACGACAAAUGCGUAAUUUCUUUCUUUCUCUCAUGGUUUCCCAGGGAGUUCCGAUGAUAUUUAUGGGAGAUGAAUAUGGACAUACAAAAGGAGGAAACAACAAUACCUACUGUCAUGAUAAUUACCUUAAUUAUUUCCGAUGGGACAAAAAGGAAGAAUCCUCGUCAGACUUCUUCAGAUUUUGCCGCCUUUUGACCAAGUUCCGCCAGGAAUGUGAGUCGCUUGGCCUAGAUGACUUCCCGACAUCAGAGAGGCUUCAGUGGCAUGGCCAUUUUCCUGUAACACCAGACUGGUCUGAAUCUAGCCGUUUUGUUGCUUUUACCCUGAUGGACUUGGUGAAGGGAGAAGUUUAUGUUGCUUUCAAUACAAGUCAUUUACCUUUCACUAUUACCUUGCCAGAGCGUCCUGGAUACAGAUGGGAACCUCUCGUAGACACCAGCAAGAAAGCACCAUAUGAUUUUCUCACACCUGAUCUUCCCGGAAGAGAUAUUGCAAUACAGCAGUAUGCUCAGUUUCUUGACGCCAAUAUGUAUCCCAUGCUUAGUUACUCUUCAAUCAUCCUUUUGCGCACCCCUGAUGUAAAUGCUUAGAUUGUAUACUAGUACUAGGUAAAAAUGUCACCACAAUUUAUCACAAAUUGUUCUCAUCCAAUCACGUGUAGCAAAUAUACUACGCGGGAUCUGUUGCAAGGUGGACAGAAAAUGUCAUAUAUCACAAAUUUCAUGCUAUAUUUUCACUAUUAGUUAGUAAAUAUCUUUUUUAGAGUUUAAUAUAUUUGCAACAGAUCGGUAAUUGCUGAAGCAAAAAUAAAACUUGUAGUUUGUUUUA